AUGCUCAAGGAUGCCUCAGAUAUUGUAUUUUACAAUUAUCCCAAUGAUCACACACCAUUGCCGCAGGUCCCACUGAAAAACACCUUCACCGCUCUGCUCCAAUCUGGAUGCACACCAGUGCUAAUUGUGGCUGGUUCCCAACAUUCUACUCGCACAUCAAGGCCCUCCGCUUGUGUUCAGGAUGCUAACAAUGUGUCCUCAAACACGAGGAAGCACAUGUUAUCCAGUGCCACUGAUCCUCCACCAAAGAAAGCCACCACCAUGCAUUUUUUGUCGCCUCUGGACACUGAUGAAGAGGACAAGGAUGAGGGCAAUAGCCCUUCUUCCCCCCCUACCCAAGAAGGGUCAUUUUAUGAAGAGUUUGUUCCGCACCCAGAUGACAAUGACAAUGACAACAAAGCCAAAUCUGGGAAUGGAGAUGAUGCCUCUCAGAUGACACAGAUCUCUGUACCAUAUUCACUCGCACCUCUGAUGGCUGAGGAUGCUGGUGAACCUAGCCAAAAACACACAUUCCAUGGUGGCACCUCAAUGUUGCGGACACAUGUUGUUCACAACAAGAAAACUCAUUUCCAGGUAUACAGACAAUGGUGUGAGGCAGGGGGCAUUACAAUGCACCCUCGUGCAAUCCCACCCAGCCAAGAUCUCAUGGAGACACAAAUGACUCUUGAUGCCAGUCUUGUCUUGAGGCCGCCUGCAUUUACCAAGGACAGCCUACUGGAAUACAUCAUGGAGCUCAUUGUGACCGAAGACAAGGCCAUCCAGCUAAUAGACAAGCCAGCAUUUCGAUGUUUGCUGCAGUAUGCACGUCCAUCUCUUACCGAAAAAGAUAUCCUGCAUUGCACGAAGUUAACAGAUACUAUCAAGGCUUGA